AUGAGCGGCGGCAUCCGGCGGUUCCUGAACCUAGGGGUGCAUGACGGGCGCAACCGCGCGUAUUCGUUGCGCCGCUUGGACCUCUCCAAGAUAAACUCUUUUCACCGGACGGCAGAUGAGGUGGCCGCGCAGGGCAAGGUGCUGCCAACACUGACCCCCGCCAAGGCCUCGGUGCCCAACAGGAAAAGGAUCUGCAACACUAAUCUAGCGGCGGCAGAGGCGGCGGCGCCCAAGAUCAAAAAGGCGCCAGCAAGCGAGUUGGUCAUGAGGCCACCGGAAGUCUCGUCCUGCCUGCCGGGCCGUCACUGCGUUCAUUUCUUCCCCACCGCCUCGGAGAAAACAUUCGUCUUGGGCGACCGCGCGAAUCGCAUGCUACGCUUCGACAUGGGCGAGCACUGCCGCUCGAUCGAUACCAUGCCAAGCCUCCACGAGCACAAGCACUCGCCGUUGUCAAUCACCGUCCCUCCGUCGGACUCACACCUCGAUGAUGGAGAAGACUGCGGGGACCUCUACAUCAUCGAUAGGAUCCUCCAUCCGGACAAGUCCGAGGUGAAGCCGCAGUUCGAGGCCCUGGUGUGGAGGGCAGAGCAUCCACGCUCCUUUUCUAGCAGGUCCUGGCACUGUGACAUCCUCCCGCUGCCACCGUGGAUCAUCCACCAGAAGCACGCCUACGUCUAUGGCCACGCCCUCGUGGGCGACACCAUCUGCUUCUCUAUCGCCGGUGCCGAGGGCACUGGCACCUACUGCUUCUACAUCAAGACUCGUGAGUGGAGCAAGGCUGGCGACUGGCUUAUUCCGUUCCAGGGCAAGGCGGAAUACGUCCCGGAGCUCGGGCUCUGGUUCGGUGAAUCACAAGGCCUCCCCUGCGCUGCUGACAUCUCUGGCGUCCUCAGAGGGGAGGAGCCGCUGCCGGAGAAGAUGCGGAUCUGGGCGAAUGAUGACCUGCCAGAGGAGUGGCAGCCGAGCGAAUUGUGCAAGUCCAAGGUCAUCAGCGUUGGCUCCGGCAGGUUCAUUGUUGCUGACUUCUUGGAUUCCAUGAUAUUUGACAAGGACUGCAAUGAGAUGGUUACUGGCAAGCAAUUUGCCCUCUUUACUGGUAUGGAGGUAGUGUACGGCAAUGGCAAGAAUGGCAAUGGCGCCAACAAAGACAAUGACAACUACAAUAGUGGCAACAAUGGCAUCUGCAAAGACAAUGGAAACAUUGGCAGCAAAGGCAAAGAGAUGAUGCGUGGCCUCCGUAUGAUUAAGCACAAAUCCAUUCGUUACAUGUUUAACAAGCAACUGAGUAUCGAGGCGGUGCUCUGA